UUUGUUGUCAGCGUAAUUAAUUGGUUGAGAAUUAGAAUCGUCCGAUGGAUUCGAAGUCAGCGUGCUAACCCAGCUUCGAAUCAGUCUCGCCUCUUCUUCUUCGCUUCAUAUCCAGGGACGCAAAGCAGAGAAGUUAGAAGAUCGAGUUCUCACCAUGAAAGUGCUGCUUCAUUCCGAACCUUCUUUCUCCCAUUCUCAUUUGAUUUUCUCCAGCAAAACUCGAAACUUCACUCGUGCCUGGGUUCAGCCAUUUCCAAAACUCCGUAUCAAAGAUCGUGAUGGCUGGAUUGGACGAAAGCUUCAUUUUACUGCCAAAGCUACAUUAGAUUCGGCCAUCAUCGAACAAUUAGGGAUUACGGAGUUUGAUAUUCGGAAUCCUUCUUUGUCUUCUUCUUAUCGCAGCCCAGCAUUGCCGAAACCGAAUCAAACAGUGUUGGAAGCUCAAGCUAGGGUUUGUACUGGGCCUACACAGACUAGGCCGCUUGGAGAGGAUCAGGCUUUUAAGGUUCUAGAUACAAUUUUAAGAUCAGCCAGGGGAGAGCUCAAAGAUGAAGAUGAAGUUUCUAAAGCACAACUUGGGGCAUUUUUUGCUGGAAUGACGAUCCGUGCAAAUGCCUUUCCUGAAGAAACCCAGUGGAGUGAAGGCGAAACGCGGGCAAUGAAGACGUUCUGGCCGCUUCUGGUUCGAGUGCUUCCAUCUGAUAUAAUAUUCAUAGCUGAACCUGAAGGAUCAAUAAUGGGGGUUGGAAAUUCAAUUGGCCCACAAUAUGUUGGAAAUAGCACAAGUGAAAUGAGAUUGGUUGGUGCUCUCAGGGAAGUAUUAGCCGGAGGCCAUCUUGGAUAUGAGGAAGUCCAAGGAGUAUUGAGAGAAGUUCUCUUCAAGUAUGGAGGAGAAUCACCGGGAGUAAGUGAUGCAUUGCUAUCAGCAUUUUUAAUUGGUCAACGUAUGAACAGGGAGACUGACCGUGAACUAAAAGCAUAUUGCCUUGCAUUUGAUGAUGAAAAUGGUCCCACUCCUGUAGCUGAUGUCACAUCGUUGACGCAUUACGGUGAACCUUAUGAUGGAAAUACACGAUUCUUCAGGAGCACAUUAUUUGUCUCUGCAGUUAGAUCCUGCUAUGGAGAAUCUUGCUUGCUUCACGGAGUAGAAUGGAUGCCACCUAAAGGCGGUGUUACUGAAGAGCAAAUGCUGAAGUUUAUGGGAGCAAAUACCAACUUAUCCCCAUUGAAGGCCAAAAAACUUCUCGAGGAUGAAGAGGUUGGUUUUGCUUACUUAAGUCAGCGUGAAGCUCGCCCAUCUCUCUACUCAUUAAUCGGAAUUAGGGAGCACAUAAAAAAACGCCCUCCACUUGCAACAACUGAAAAGGUUCAGCAGCUUGUAAAGGCUCGUGGCAAGGAAGCGAUUGUUGCUGGGUUUUAUCAUGAGGGUUAUGAAGAGCCAUUGUUAAUGCUCAUGAAAAGAAGGGGUGUUCAUUCUGGUUUGGUGGUGAAGGGUGAGGAAGGUGCCCUCUCAAUGACAACGAGGAUGAGGUCAGCUAGCACAACUAGAGGACUUCCUGUGAACUACUGUUCAGGGUUCCGCUCACUGAACAUUUCAUCUGCAUCCGAACUUGAUGGAGUGUCACGUCAAGGUUUUUCUCUUGAGGUCAAUGCCCAAGACUAUGGUUUUCAACCAACAGAUACACCAAGAACCGAUAGAUCGGUCUCGAAGAAUAUUGGAUUGGGUUUAGCAGCUCUUGGUGGAGAAAAGGGACCGGCAUAUGAUCGAAUUGUCUUAAACGCCGGUAUGGUGGAUCACUUGCUUGGAGUUGAUGGUGCUGAAGACAUAUCUGUAGCCUUAGAUAGAGCUAGAGAGGCCAUUGACAGUGGUAAUGCUCUUAAACGACUUUUAAACUACAUUAAGAUUUCCCAUGAAGUGGAUUAAACUAGUCCCGAGUGGUAGAAGUACUUGUCAUUUACAAUGCACUUGAUAUGGUGAUCAUGGUUGGAAGAGGAAGGAAAAUUAUCAGAUGGAUAAACCCUAAUCCAAGGGAAAGGAUGAUAGAAAGAAACAGUUCUUUUACACGCCAUUUUGGUACUUUAGGUUACCCUCAGUGUAAAUGUACCUCGUGAUAAGGAAUCACGAGUGAUUUUGAACCUUACCAAGUGACGUUGUCUUGUAAGUAUUCGAAACGUCAUAUAGUAAAUUUUUUUUUUUUGUGGGGAUACCUUCGUACAGUCAAUUUUGGAUAUUCUGGUGUUAGAUGGUUCUUUCAUGUAAAGACCGUAAAGAUUUGUGAUUUCUUCCUGGAUUUGCUAAUACGGAGUGAAACUUUGUUUUGAUUAUAUUACAGGAGAUUGAAUUUUUGAUCGCUA